AUGUCCUUAGUUGGCCACCGCUGCCUUCACCACACUUGGAGGAUCAACCUCUGGUGGGCCACUGACUUCCGGAGAACCGACACAUUUCUUCCAACACAUACAAUGCCGACGUUUGCAAACGCCGACACUGUACAUUUCCUUCUUGCAAAUUGUUUUGCAGUUGCCAGCAUGGCGCUUCAACUAACAACUACCAUGGUAGGGUUCACGGCGAAUCUUCGAAUUGCCCUUCAAUUUCGAAGUUAUCUUCUCCGAUUUCAUCUCAUUUCGAAGCUUUUCUCCGGCGAUUUGAAGGUUCGAAGCUCCGGCGAUUUGAAGACGAAUACUCAUAGUUGUGGGCCAUUAGCGUGCAUGUACGUAGAGCGCAUGCUUGGGGACGUCUUUCCGCAGAAGCCGACUAACAAAGAUAUUAAAAAUUACAGAAAGAAAAUGGAUUUAGCUAUUUUUGCACUUGGAAAGCUUGUGGAUUGGUUGAAUUUCUUGAUAUUGUGUUCAUUGAAUAUUGUGGGUUGCGUAUUGUGA